CACCCACCCCACACUGUGCCGACAGCGACACGAUGCGAUGAGGGCGACGAGCAUAAGCCAUGAACACGAUCACCAAGGUCUACAAUGACCACCCGAAGACUCUGCUCUACUCCGUUGGAGCUGUUCUGAGGAUCCUUCUCGCGAUAGCAUUCCCUGGACUCCCCGAUCUGUUGACAAGCAGAGUGGAGAUCUCGACUCCGAUUAACGGCUUCAAGAGAUUACAGGAAGGCUUGUUCUUAUUUGAGCGAGGACUUGACCCAUACGAUGGCGGCAUCUUUCACCAGGCUCCGUUGUUCUUGCCACUGUUCUCUCUACUGCCAUCUUCCAGCACGUGGAUCGGCCGAUUAGCGACAGUGCUACUGUAUACGGGACUGGACGUUUUGACUGCCGACUGCAUCUACGAUAUUGCCUGCUCGGGCGCAGCUGCUGCGUCUCUCCUUUACAAAUCGCCGAGAGCCAACCGACUCUGGGAGCCGGCAUCGGUUGCAGCAGUGUAUCUGCUCAAUCCGUUCACACUCCUGGCCUGCCUAGGACGACCCACGACAACGUUUGCAGCCUUCUUCACGCUGCUGAGUGUCAAACAUGCAUGCCAGGCCAAGAUUGUGACAGCAGCGUUCGCUCUGGCAAUAGCAAGCUACAUCAGCCUUCAUCCAAUCUUGUUGCUACCGCCGGUCGGGCUUCUCUGCUACGAUCAACUUUGCGUCCAACUGUCUGGCACUGCGACAAUGACCGAAGAAGGCGUAGCUGGUAUGGGGAGGGCCACAAAGAUUGCGUUCAAUCGACAACUACUUCCGCCGAUAUUACCAGUCGCUAUCGUCUUCAUCAGCACUUUCGCCGUUUCGACAGGCUUCCUGAUUGGCGUCUCACGCCUGCUCCUUCCAUCUUGGCACUUCCUGGAAUCUGUCUACAUGACUCCUCUGACACUCCCAGAUCUGACUCCUAAUGUCGGGCUGUGGUGGUACUUUUUUAUUGAAAUGUUUGACGCCUUCCGAGAGUUCUUUCUGGGCGUAUUCUGGCUGCACAUGCUGUCAUACAGCAUACCGUUCUGUUUGCGAUUCCGAAAACAGCCAUUGGCAGCUGUUGUCCUCAUGAUGGGGGUCAAUGCUGUAUUUCAGCCUUACGCCAACGUCGGGGACGUUGGCACCUGGUUGGGCAGCCUAUGCUUACUCGGCCACAUUUUUGAAUUGUGCUCAUCAUAUCGCUAUACGUUCCCAGCUGUGGCGGCGUUACUCUAUGCCUCUCUACUCGGCCCUGCAUUUCACCAUCUGUGGAUCUACGCCGGCUCGGGAAAUGCGAACUUUUUCUAUGCUAUCACCCUCGUGUGGAGCUUGGCACUACUCAUUUUGCUUACUGACACUGUCUAUGCAGUGCUCCGGGACGAAUGGGAGAACGAGCGACCGGACGGAAAGGGCAAAGAAGUGAGACAGGUGUAGCAGGCACUGCUUGAUGAGUUGACCUCACGAGUUGAGCACUCCUUCAAGUCGUACAACAUCUGCAGUCUAUUGUGCGACUUGGGUGUUGACUUCUCUGGUCGGCGCAUGCCGCUAUGCCUGGUCCUUUACAAUUUGAUUCACGCAGCCUGUAUGCCUUCUUGUGAGUUCCCGGCUGCCGCGAUGGUCGUAUUGCAGCAUACCCCCUGCCGCAUAACUUCAUUCCUCGACUUGCACACUAGACGGCACCAAAGGAUCAACAGGACAGGAAAUUGACAGCGGCUGCACAUCGAAGAUUGAUCGCUAAGCCAUACAGAAGAAGCACAUCAUCUCGACUGGCGAAGGACAUACUUCUUUGUUUCUGUGCUGCACAUUAAGAUGCCUUGGACGACUGGCUGAAUGUCCUUCAGAUCAGCGACCCUGCUUCAGAUGGAGACACAAAGCAAAUCAUCACUCAAUCGGAGUGUCGCGUGCUUUCGGCAUCCUGUGGCCAAGGCAUCACAGUCCGGGCAUGAUGGAUGGGUACCAAGCGAGACAGAUGGAUGCGGUAUGCGAAGGUUUCUGAAUGUGCAUGAGCUAGCGGUCAACAAGUGCUUCGGCCGCAGAGCGCGAGCGCUAUCAGAGCAUUUAAGACUACAAAUGUAGAAUUGGUGCGGUCAUUCCAUGUUCUUCACUCGCAACACCACCCGUGCCACUCUCCAUGACAGACAUCAAUCAAUUAUUGAUUGGGGUCAGACGGGAGUUGCCGCUGC